GCGAUUGGUGGAAGGGCAGUAGCCAGUGCAUCGAAAUUACUAAUUGACGCCGGCUAUACUCAGACCAAGUCAUUUACGAAACAACCACCAGGUUUGAUGCGGUCGCUCUACUUGGUACUCGUGGCCGCCUUCGUCGCCGCCACGCACAGCGCGUGCCCGGACGGGCAAUGGGAAGUCUCGCUCCUCAACAGUGGCACGGUCUACUGCGUCGGCGGCGAGCCGUGCUCGGGCAGGUACACGCCCGGCCAGUCCUUUGGCAAGUACUUUUGCCCCCAGGAAGGCCAGCCCAAUGUUGAUGGCACGACGACACUCCAGAUGCAAACGUGCUGUGGCGUCAUGAACGGCAACAUCAUGGGCUGCCAGCGCAAGACGGACAACGUCCAGUGCGUGGGCCCGCUGCCAGCGCCCUACAAGACGCCGGCGCCGACGACGACCACCGACAAGACGACGGCGCCCGUGACGACGACGCCUACGACGACGACGCUGUCGCCCAAUGCCACGACCCUCUCGCCCGACGCCACAACGCUCUCCCCAAACGCGACAACCUUGUCGCCGAAUGCGACCACGCUGUCACCGAACGCGACGACCUUGUCGCCGGACGCGACGACCUUGACGCCUGGUGCGACGACGCUCAAGCCGACCGCCAACCCCAACAACAUUGCGACGAUGAACCCCGGUGGUGAUAACACCGACAGUUCGAGCUCGGGCUUGGAAACCAAGUGGAUCGUCUUGAUUGCGAUCGGCGCGGUGGUCCUUCUCGCCCUCAUCGGCGGCCUCUUCCUCUUCCGCAAGAAGCGCGAGUCGCCGUCAUACCUGGAGUCGCCCGCGGGCGAAGAAAUGCUCACGCCUGGCCCGGGCUCUGCCGGCGGUGGCGCGCUCACGCCCCGACACAACGUCACGCUGUUGUAAUCCGGCAGCGUAGGGUAGAAUUGAAGACAACAACAACGUACACUGUGCACACAGUCCAUCCCUCCUCGCCUUAUAAGAUUGCCUUGGCGCACCAUUAACACUGGUAUUAAUGGUCACUCGACUGCUCAUGCACAGUGCGAAGCCAGAAGGGCUAUGGCCAUCAUUCGAA